GUGUGCGGGGACACACACACACACACACACACACACACACAGAGAGAGAGAGAGAGAGAGAGAGAGAGAUGGCGGCCGAACUGGUAUGGCGAAAGAUCGUGCGUGGGGAGAGCGUGAUGUGUUGGGAGCGUCGUCGGGAGCGAGAUGGUUUCCUUCCUCGCGCGGUUCCUUUCGGUCCGAAGAUCACACGGCGGUGCGUGCUCUUCUACUCGGUGGAUGUAAACAGGAAGGCGGCGGUUGAUGUCGACGCCGCGCUGGGGUAUCGGAAGCGGCUGUUGUCCCAUGUCCUUCUAUGGGUGAAGAAGGUUGGGGACCAUAUCCCCAACGAAUGGGCGGUGGUCGACAUCGUUGGUGAUAUCGUGACGAAUCUUAUCAAGAAUCUCGCCGUCGAGCACGACGGCAGGUUGGACAUGGGCGCGUUUUACUACACGUUCAUGGACCCGCCGCUGGUUGGGCGAGGGUACCUCCAUGGCGAGAUCCGACUUUAGGCAAUGGCGGGGUCAGUUGUGUUUGUAUGUCCUUGCACAAUUUGUCAUUAAUAUAUGAUUUUGGAAUUUUUUUUUUUUUUUGGCCUUGUGUGUCCGUACAUCACUUCAUGAA